CUUGGCCCACUCGGGAUCUCCCAUUGUUGCUGAGAGGCGCAGGAGCCCCGGCCAGUAAGACGCUGUCCCUGCUGCCCAGCAGCGAGCCCGGACAUCCUAGCCAGGCUCCGCAGGGCAUUCCGAAGCCCCACCCAUGGCAACGCCACUCUGACGUCCGCGCGCCGGAGUCCGCCAUAGGCCCGCGUCGGGGCCCAGGACGACGUGUGGCGCGUGGACUCUAUCAGGUCCAGCCCUGCGGGAACCCGGUAGGCACUUCCGGGCAAGGUUCUGUGCACCUGUUCCUUCCUUCUCCUUAAGUGUCUUCCCCUCUGGGAAAGAGUGCACAUGCCCCUCCCCAGAGAACAAGAUGCACGACAGCAAACCUAGAUUAAGAACAGCACGGAAAACUAAUCCCAAAGCAAGGUGCCGGGCAUCUUUAAACUGUUUGGAAGUUCACGUGACCCACUAAGUGCGGGCCCCAGUGGUCACGUGACAACGCGCGCGCCCCCGCGCAGGGAGAGCCGGCAGGCGCUGUGCGCGCGCCUUCGCCGCUGCCUCCCAUCCCCUCGACGGGAGGGUGAGGAGCGGCGGAGUGAUCAGGCGUCUGGGGGCCGGUGCGCGUGCGCAGCGAACAGCUGUCACCCCAGUGCGGAACAAAUCUUCCAAAUUUCCCAAAUCUCCGUGGGCCGGAGGCCACCCUCUUCCUCCUCAUCUUCCUCCUCAUCUUCCUCCUCUGGGUGGUAUCCCGGUGCCCACCCGCGCGCCAGAGACUGCCCCAGCCAUCAUGGAGGUGGCCGAGGUGGAGAGUCCUUUGAACCCCAGCUGUAAGAUCAUGACCUUCAGACCCUCCAUGGAGGAGUUCCGGGAGUUCAAUAAAUACCUCGCAUACAUGGAGUCUAAAGGAGCCCAUCGAGCAGGUCUUGCAAAGGUGAUUCCUCCUCGGGAAUGGAAGCCAAGACAGUGCUAUGAUGACAUUGAUAAUUUGCUUAUUCCAGCACCAAUUCAGCAGAUGGUCACAGGGCAGUCAGGACUGUUCACGCAAUACAACAUCCAGAAAAAAGCCAUGACAGUGAAGGAGUUCAGGCAGCUGGCUAACAGUGGCAAAUACUGUACUCCAAGAUACUUGGAUUAUGAAGAUUUGGAGCGCAAGUACUGGAAGAACUUAACUUUUGUGGCACCUAUCUAUGGUGCAGACAUUAAUGGGAGCAUAUAUGAUGAGGGUGUGGAUGAAUGGAACAUAGCUCGCCUAAAUACAGUCUUGGAUGUGGUUGAGGAAGAGUGCGGUAUUUCUAUAGAGGGUGUAAAUACCCCUUAUCUCUAUUUUGGCAUGUGGAAAACCACAUUCGCAUGGCACACCGAGGAUAUGGACCUCUACAGCAUUAAUUAUCUCCACUUUGGAGAGCCCAAGUCUUGGUAUGCAAUACCCCCGGAACAUGGAAAACGACUUGAAAGACUAGCUCAAGGUUUUUUCCCAAGCAGUUCUCAAGGGUGUGAUGCAUUUCUUCGCCAUAAGAUGACACUGAUCUCUCCCUCAGUAUUGAAGAAGUAUGGCAUUCCCUUUGACAAGAUCACUCAGGAGGCUGGAGAAUUUAUGAUCACUUUUCCAUAUGGCUACCAUGCUGGUUUUAAUCAUGGUUUCAACUGUGCAGAAUCUACAAAUUUUGCUACAGUCAGAUGGAUUGACUAUGGGAAAGUUGCUAAAUUGUGCACCUGCCGGAAAGACAUGGUGAAAAUCUCAAUGGAUAUCUUUGUGAGGAAAUUUCAGCCAGACAGAUAUCAGCUUUGGAAACAAGGAAAGGAUAUAUACACCAUUGAUCACACAAAGCCUACUCCAGAAUCCACACCUGAAGUAAAAGCAUGGCUGCAGAGAAGGAGGAAAGUAAGAAAAGCAUCCAGGAGUUUCCAGUGCACUGGUUCUCACUCUAAGAGGCUUAAGAAUGAGGGGGACGAAGAAGUGUCACCUGCAGUUGAUGGUGCAGAGGGCCUCACCGCUGACCGAGACCCAGAAGAUCUCAAGGUCAAUGAAAAACCAGAAAAAGCAGUGAAGAUGGGGAACACAGAAGCACCUUCAGAAGAAGAGGCUUCUCCUAGCAGGAAGCAGCUGGAUCAGAAUUCAUCAGAUAAUAUCAAACUCCCAGGAAAUAGUUGCUUAAGCACAUCUAUAACAGAGGAAAUAAAAACUAAGGAUGACCAAGCCUAUGGUGUAAUUCUACCUUCAAAUCCCAGUGAAGCUGAUGAUUCCAUAUCUAGUGGCCAUGUGACAUCCAAGGAGUCAGACCCAUCGAAGCUUCCAUGGCCAAAGUCACCUGAGUCAUGUUCCUCAGUGGCAGAGAGUAACAGUGUGUUCACAGAGGGAGAAGAGAGUGAUGUGGAGAGCCGCAGGAGUGGCCUCGAACCUGGGGAAGUCCCAGCGGUCUCCAGUGGAAAGAGAAAUGGCCUCGAAGUCCCUGGUAGAAUAGAGGGAGAAACCAAAACUGCUAAAAGUUGGCGCCAUCCACUGAGUAAGCCUCCAGCAAGAUCCCCACUGACUCUGGUGAAGCAGCAGGCAACAAGUGAUGAAGAAUUGCCUGAGGUUCCGUCAAUUGAGGAGGAAGUGGAAGAAACAGAGUCUUGGGCGAAGCCUUUGGUCCACCUUUGGCAGACGAAGUCCCCAAACUUUGUGGCUGAACAGGAGUAUAAUGCAGCCAUGGCCAAAAUGGAGCCACACUGUGCCAUCUGUGCUCUCCUAAUGCCCUACUACAAGCCAGAUAGCAGCAAUGAAGAAAAUGAUUCUAGAUGGGAGACAAAAUUAGACGAAGUGGUUACUCCAGGAGGAAAGACUAAGCCCCUCAUUCCAGAGAUGUGUUUUAUUUAUAGUGAAGAAAAUAUAGAAUAUUCUCCGCCUAAUGCCUUUCUGGAAGAGGAUGGAACAAGUCUUCUGAUUUCCUGUGCAAAGUGCUGCGUACGGGUUCAUGCAAGUUGCUAUGGUAUCCCUUCUCACGAGAUAUGUGAUGGAUGGCUAUGUGCCCGCUGCAAAAGAAAUGCAUGGACAGCAGAGUGCUGUCUCUGCAAUUUGAGAGGGGGUGCUCUUAAGGAAACAAAGAACAAUAAGUGGGCCCAUGUCAUGUGUGCUGUUGCGGUCCCAGAAGUUCGAUUCACUAAUGUCCCAGAAAGGACACAGAUAGAUGUAGGCAGAAUACCUUUACAGAGGUUAAAAUUGAAAUGCAUCUUCUGCAGAUACCGGGUUAAGAAGGUCUCUGGAGCCUGUAUCCAGUGUUCCUAUGGCCGCUGCCCAGCCUCCUUCCAUGUCACGUGUGCUCAUGCUGCUGGGGUGCUGAUGGAGCCUGAUGAUUGGCCAUACGUGGUGAACAUCACAUGCUUUCGACAUAAGGUCAACCCAAACGUGAUGAACAAACUGAGGCUGAUAAAGGUUCAAGAUCACAAGAUCACACAGCUAAAGUCCAAGGCUGGCGAGAAGGGUAUCUCUGUGGGGCAGACGGUCAUCACGAAGCAUCGGAACACCCGCUAUUACAGCUGCAGGGUGAUUGCUGUGACAUCGCAGACCUUCUAUGAGGUUGUGUUUGAUGAUGGCUCCUUCAGCAGAGACACAUUCCCUGAGGAUAUAGUGAGCCGAGACUGUGUAAAACUGGGCCCUCCUGCUGAGGGAGAAGUCGUGCAAGUCAAGUGGCCUGAUGGCAAACUCUAUGGAGCAAAAUAUCUGGGAUCAAAUGUUGCCCACAUGUACCAGGUUGAAUUUGAAGAUGGGUCCCAGAUAGCAAUGAAGAGAGAGGAUAUCUAUACUUUAGACGAAGAAUUACCCAAGAGAGUGAAAGCUCGUUUUUCCACAGCCUCUGAUAUGCGAUUUGAAGACACAUUUUAUGGAGCAGACAUAAUCCAAGGGGAGAAAAAGAGACAAAGAGUGCUGAGCUCCAGGUUUAAGAAUGAAUAUGUGGAUGAUCCUGUGUACCGCACUUUUUUGAAGAGCUCUUUUCAGAAAAAAUGUCAGAAGAGACAAUAACCUGCAUAUGCUGCUACAGGCAACAGAGCAACGUGGGCCAGAAAAGGAAAGAUGAAGGGACAACCUUGGGGACGUGCGAUGUGUUUCACUGGGGUAGGUGACGGGGUAUGUCUCUGACAGUGGAAAAUUAGGCUUUUCAGAGUUUGGUCACCUGGACCACAGAUUACAAGUGUUAUUAAUUGGACACAACAAUCUGAAGUCCUCCCCUAGUCUUGCUUUCACUUGUGAGCAAUUGUCUUCAGUGAUCCCAAAGAAUCUAAGUGAAAGGAAAUAAUAGUGAAUCUCCCACCAAAAAGACUCACUGACAGAGGCGGUGGGUCCUCACCUGUGGCCUAAUUAGGCCCUUAGGAAACACAUGGAGACUUCUCUCCCUAACCCCAGCAAGUGGGAGCCUCGAUACCCAGGUAAGAGGGUGAUAAUUUAUAUAAUUUCCGCAGUCAGGGAAGGACUCUCACUUAUUUGUUUUAAAUGGCAGUUUUUAUAAAACAUUUUUAAAACACAAAUGGCCUGUAUGGUAAUGAGAUUUACCCGUGUGCUAUCUGUAAUUUCCCUUGUACAGAACUUUUACAUUUUUUUAUAUCCCUAUUACUUUUGAUUGUGUCUGAUGAGAACUGAGUUGUUGGCCUUUGUGAAAUUUUUGGCUCUUGAGAAAGAAUUCUUAUGAAUUGUAUGGGAAUUUUAUAUAUUUAAAGAGGGAGAUCUGGGGCUGUUAUUUUUAAACACUUUUUUUUCAUAAUAUUCUGAGUAGAUAUUUAUAAAAUAUAUUUCUUUCAUUAUGUGUUUGUAAAAUUAGAGUUUAAAUAAAUAUGCUUUGAUGCAUAGUUUUCAACUAAUAUGAUUUUUCCUUUUUAAAACAGCCUGAAAAUGUACUAGUGUUUAAAAAUAAAGAUUUCCUUUUU